UAAGCCAGGCAGCUAGCGGCUAUAUAUCACAGUGUUCACAGACAACAAGGGAGUAAAGACUAAACACUCUAUCCCCCACCCAGCUUGCACCAACCUAACUACUGCCUUUCAUUUCUUUAAAGCUCGCAGCUGCCCACUUCGCCAUGAAAAUCAUGGCGUCUCUUAUGUAUCUUUCCCUCACUCUUCUGCUACUCCUGCAUAUUACCGGCAGAGCUGCCGCAACCGUCGAAGAAGAAGCGGCCGCCGCCGCAGCGGACAGGAUAGUGUCGCUCCCCGGACAGCCCAAGGUGGCGUUCCGGCAGUACUCCGGGUACGUCACCGUCCACGAAACCGCCGGCCGCGCGCUGUUUUACUGGCUCACGGAAGCCCAGUCUCAACCCCUGUCCAAACCUCUCGUCGUUUGGCUUAAUGGAGGUCCGGGUUGCUCCUCCGUGGCCUAUGGCGCAUCCGAAGAAAUCGGACCGUUUAGGAUAAACAAAACCGCCUCUGGGCUUUACCUCAACAAAUUCUCAUGGAAUACGGAGGUCAACUUGCUCUUCCUCGAAACCCCGGCCGGUGUCGGUUUCUCUUAUACCAACCGAUCUUCUGAUCUUCUCAAUACAGGAGACCAUCGCACUGCAAAGGACUCGUUGCAGUUUCUAAUAAGAUGGAUGGACCGCUUCCCGUCGUACAAAGGCCGGGAUGUGUAUCUCACCGGCGAGAGCUACGCCGGCCAUUAUGUUCCUCAGCUCGCCAGAGAGAUUGUGCACUAUAAUGCGCAUUCCAAGCAUCCGAUAAAGAUCAAAGGCUUCAUGGUGGGGAACGCAGUUACAGACAACUACCACGACAACCUGGGAACGGUGACGUACUGGUGGAGCCACGCCAUGAUCUCCGACAAGACUUACCGGCAGCUGGUGAACACGUGCAACUUCCGGCAACAGAAAGAGUCCAACGAGUGUGAGUCGCUCUACUACUACGCCAUGGACCAGGAGUUCGGAAACAUCGACCAGUACAACAUCUACGCGCCGCCGUGUAACAACUCCGACGGCUCCACACUCGCCGCCGGCGCCACCACCCGCCACCACAUGCGCCUUCCCCAUCAACCUCGCCGCGCAUUCCGGCCAUUGUCCGGCUACGACCCCUGCACUGAAAAAUACGCUGAAAUUUACUACAACCGUCCCGAUGUCCAGAAAGCCAUGCACGCUAACACCACAAGAAUCCCAUACAAAUGGACAGCCUGCAGUGAAACAUUAAACCGGAAUUGGAAUGAUACCGACGAUUCAAUCCUCCCAAUUUACCGAGAGUUGAUCGCCGCCGGUUUGAGAAUCUGGGUUUUCAGUGGCGAUGUAGAUUCAGUAGUGCCAGUGACAGCAACACGUUAUUCUAUAGCGCAACUUAAAUUGCAUGUCACAACUCCCUGGUACCCUUGGUAUAUCAAAAAUCAGGUCGGAGGAUGGACUGAAGUAUACAAAGGGCUAACGUUUGCGACGGUACGAGGAGCUGGACAUGAAGUGCCUUUGUUUAAGCCCAGAGCAGCAUUGCAGCUUCUGAGAUCAUUCUUGAGAGGGGAACCUCUUCCCAAAUCAUAGUAUUAUCAAUUGUUGUUUGUGUGUACUUUAAUUUACGGAAAAAUUCGUCGUUUCAACUGUUCUUAACGAACAGGAUUCUUAAUUGGAUUGGGGAAUAGGUAACAUGGAAAGUGUUUUUAAAAAUGUUGAUUAGCAUGUGGAAAUAAAUUGGAGACUAAAUGGGCCGCGUGGGCCCGUCAAUUAAAAUUCUAACACAUGCAAUGUGGCCCGCACCCUUGUAAAAAUUUGGGAAAAGUCAAAAUCAUUGAUCAA